AUGGACACCUCACAGGCUCUGCGGCUCUUCCUGCUCCUGGCCUCCGGAGUAGGGGUGCUUGCUCUCAGAGCCUCUUCUGGAGUUCAGCGAACCAAUUUCAUCUUGGACUCAGAAAGCUCUUCCCGGGGCCCGGAUUUGAAUGUUUCUUUCAUUAAACCCCCUGGAGGGAAAUUUCUGGAUCAGCCUCCAGGUUCAAGAGCCACUGCUGAUAUCCCCCAUUCCAAAUGGAUUCCCGAGGCCCUGAAUUCAAACGAUGUACCUGGGUCCUUCUGGUCAAAUGUUUCUGCUGGGGACCAAAAGUUGGGCCUGAAGCCCACCAUCCCUGGGAUCCCUGAUUCCCAAGGACUUCCUGAUACCUUGGGUUCUCAAGUUCCUGCCAAAGACCCAGAGCCUGCCUUUUCUGUUAAGACCCCAGCUUCAAACAUUCCUGUUCAAGUCCCUGACGCUCACGUAUCUGCGGAGGGCCCAGGUUCAAAGUUCUCCCCUGAGGAGCUGGAUCUUAAAUUCUCCCCCCAGAGCCCUGAACCCCAAGUUCCUGCAGCAGCUGCCCCAGGGCCAAGCUUCCCCCAGCAGGUGGGGGGGCCUCUUGCUGUGCUGGUGGGGACCACGCUCCAGCUCCCCCUGGUUCCAGUCCCCAGCCCUGGACCCCCUGACCCUCUGGUGGUCUGGCGCAGGGGCUCCAAGGUGUUGGCAGCAGGGGCCCUUGGGCCAGGGGCCCCCCUGAUCAGCCUGGACCCUGCUCACAAAGAUCGCCUCCGGUUUGACCAGGCCGGAGGAGGCCUGGAGCUCGCCUCCGCCCAGCUGGAGGAUGCUGGGGUCUACACGGCUGAGAUCAUCCGGGCUGGGGUCUCCCGGCAGACUCGGGAGUUCACGGUGGGUGUGUAUGAGCCCCUGCCUCGGUUGUCCGUGCAGCCUGAGGCCCCGGAGACAGAGGAAGGGGCGGCCGAGCUCCGGCUGCGCUGCGUGGGGUGGAGGCCGGGCUGCGGGGCGCUGAGCUGGAGCCGGGACGGACGCGCCCUGGAGGCAGCGGACCCGGAGGGAGCGGAGCCCCCGCGCAUCCGCUCGGAGGGCGACCAGCUGCUCAUUCUGCGCUUCACAGAUCCGCCCCCCGGGGCCCCACAGUGCUCCGUCGAAGGGGGUCCCGGGGACCGCAGCCUUCGCUUCCGCUGCUGGUGGCCCGGUGGGGUCCCCGCCGCCUCCCUGCAGUUCCAGGGUCUCCCCGACGGCGUCCGCGCGGGGCCCGCGCACUCCGUGCUCCUGGCGGCUGUCCCCGCCCACCCUCGGCUCAGCGGCGUCCCCGUCACCUGUCUGGCUCGCCACCUGGUGACCACGCGCACCUGCACUGUCACCCCAGAGGCCCCCCGAGAGGUGCUCCUGCAUCCAGUAGUGGAGGAGACACGGCCGGGGGAGGCAGAGGUGGCGCUGGAGGCCUCGGGCUGUCAGCCACCUUCACGAGCAUCCUGGGCCCGGGAAGGGCGGCCCCUGGUCUCCGGAGGCGGCGGGGGGCGCCUGAGGCUCAGCCAGGAUGGGCGGAGGCUCCUCAUUGGCAACUUCAGCCUUGACUGGGACCUAGGAAAUUACUCCGUGCUGUGCAGUGGGGUGCUGGGUGCUGGGGGCGACCAGAUCACCCUUACUGGACCGUCCAUCUCCUCAUGGAGGCUGCAGAGAGCCCAGGAUGCAGUGGUGCUGACUUGGGAUGUGGAGCGUGGGGCCCUGAUCAGUGGUUUUGAGAUUCAGGCACGGCCCGAGAGGCCUGACCCGGGCAGAGCCACUACCUACCAGGACUGGGUCUCCUUGCUCAUCCUGGGGCCUCAGGACCGAUCAGCCGUGGUGCCCCUCCCUUCUCAGAACCCGGGGUCCUGGGCCUUGCGUAUCCUGCCCACCCUGGGGGGCCAGCCAGGGACUGCAUCACAAAGCCGGGUCUACAGUGCAGGCCCCGCUCUGGGCCCCGCGGCCAUCGCUGGCAUCGUCCUGGGCUCCCUUCUGGGCCUGGCGCUCCUGGCAGCGCUCGCCCUGCUGUGCAUCUGCUGCCUGCGCCGCAUCCGGGGAGGGGCUCCCAAGAAAAAGACGCAUCUGCCCACCUUUAUGCCUGUGGUCCCCCCACUGGAGAGGAAAAUGCAGAGCGUGGCCCCCGUGAAGACUCCACAGCCUGUGCCCCUCAAAGCCCCGCCGGAGGAUCCUAGCCCAGCCCGGGCCUGCCAGGUGAGCGCGGGUGCCCAUGAGCUCCCGAGACAGGGCAGAAUUUCGUGUUUAGUCGGGAAGAUGAGAUGGCCUGAGUUGUCUUCCUCCAGCUUUCCUUGUUGGUUUACAAUCCUGCUAAAAUUUUAUGUCACCAGCCCCAGUCCAGUCAUCUCUCCAGGUGGGGGCCCGAAGACUGUUCGGGCAGCCACACAGGUGUGA